AUGACAAACUCACAUAAAAAUGAGAAAGUAAUUUGCAAAUGCAAAGCCUGUCUAAUAAUUAAUUCACAAGGUCGAAAACUUCAUAAACGGAUUAAAUACCAGCAUGAAAAGGCUGAAAAAUGCUUAUAUGAUAAAAAUGGCAUUAUUAUCGGAAAAACCUAUUACAAAAAAAAAAGAGUGUAUAAAUCAAAAAAUAAUCAAGAUAACAAAUUAAAACAAGAUGAAAAAAUGGAAUUAUAUGAAAAUUUUGAAGAGUAUGAGGAGUCAGAGCAAUAUAGCAAAUCAGAAUUAAUGAAUUUUCAAUAUAUUGAAAAUAUUGAAGGAGUAUUUGAUUCAGAUGCAGGAGUAAAUCAUAUAUACUACCCUUUAAAGCAUCCUACAAAAGAAGGUGAAGAAUCUUAUAAUACAAAGAAUCUUUCUUUACGUGAUCAUAAAUCAUAUUUAGACAAGUAUUAUCCACAACAAGUUGUUUGGAUUGAGAAUGGUGGUGAAGAACUUUGGGCACCUAAAUUAGAUUAUACUUUAAAUGAUAUAGAAUUUAUAGCAUUAUCAAAUUUUUAUAAAGCUAAUUUAGAUGAACAUAUUGCGGAAUAUGAACUUGAAGUCAAUAUUGCUAGGCCAAGAGAUUCUGAAAAGUAUGAAUUGCGAAAAUAUUUUGGUUGUGUGCAAUUUUAUUUUUACUAUAUGUUUCAAGGAAAAUAUCAAUUACUUGCAUACAUUCACAAUGUAAAAAAUGUGCGAAAAGGAUUAUAUAACUUAUAUAAUUUUGAAGAAUUCGGUGAAUAUGAGUUUGUAGAU